AAUUCUUGAAUGAAAACAAACAAGGCAAUUGUAAAGUCUAUAUAAAGAAGCUCUAUCAAAAGCAAAAUAUACAAGUACAAGUGAGAAGUGUCCUUUAGUUUGUGAAAGAAACAACUACAAACAAUGGCCACUUCACUAACCCUAUUCAAAACAACCUUUGUUUUCUUCAUCAUCUUCACUCUCCUCACACACCAAGCCACGGCUGAUUGUGAAGCCGAAUCCAAAAACAGUUGCAACAACAAAGAGAAAGCCCUACCUCUAAAAAUCAUAGCCAUAUUUACCAUCUUAGCCUCAAGCAUAAUUGGCAUAACCCUACCCUUAGUGACACGUUCAGUCCCUGCCCUAAGCCCGGAAAACGACCUCUUCAUAAUCGUGAAGUGCUUCGCCGCCGGAAUCAUCCUCGGCACGGGGUUCAUGCAUGUGCUCCCGGAUUCCUUCGCCAUGCUCUGGUCGGAUUGCUUGAAGGAGAAGCCGUGGCACGAGUUUCCCUUUUCGGGCCUCGUCGCAAUGUUCUCCGCCAUAAUCACGAUGAUGGUUGAUUCCUUGGCCACUAGUGUUUACACCAAGAAGUGUAGGACUACUAGUGAGGUUGUUCCUGGUGAGAGCAGCCUUGAAGGUGGUGAGGAAAAUUUAGAGAUGGGUGCUGUUAACUUAGGGCAUUUCCAUGGUCACCACCAUGCUCAUCAUGAGACUAAGAUGGAUGGCAAAGAGUCGCAGCUUCUACGUUAUCGUGUUGUUGCCAUGGUAUUAGAACUUGGAAUUAUUGUUCAUUCAGUGGUGAUAGGACUUGGCAUGGGAGCCUCAAAUAACACGUGCACAAUAAGAGGUCUUAUAGCCGCCAUGUGCUUCCAUCAAAUGUUUGAAGGAAUGGGUCUUGGUGGGUGCAUUCUACAGGCUGAGUACAAGUUUUUAAAGAAGGCCAUCAUGGUGGUCUUUUUCUCCAUCACAACCCCAUUUGGAAUUGCCUUAGGAAUUGCAAUGUCCACGACCUACAAAGAGAACAGCCCAAGUGCCCUAAUCACCGUGGGUUUGCUUAAUGCAUCAUCUGCUGGGCUUUUAAUCUACAUGGCUUUGGUUGACCUUCUCUCUGCUGACUUCAUGAGCCCAAGGUUGCAGGGUAGCAUUAAGCUUCAAUUAAAAUCUUACGUAGCUGUGUUUUUGGGUGCUGGUGGCAUGUCUCUAAUGGCAAAAUGGGCUUAAUUUUCCCUUACGCACGUGUGGUGUAAGCAAUAAUGUUAUAGAACAUUUUCAAAGUUGACAACAGCUUUGAUAUGUUCCAUUUAAAUAGGAAGUUUGACCCUCUAUAUCCAGAAGACAGAGUUUACGUUUACUCGUUAAACCAAGUAUUUUAUAUAUGUUUGUAUUUUUUCUUUUUUUAUUUACAAUAGUUGUAUACUAUCUAAAUAUCUCUACCACUAGGCCAAUCCAAUUGUGGCUGUUAUUUUAUGUUUGUAUUUGACUAAAUAAAUAGAAAAUAAAGUGAUCUAGAUCUGCUGCUUUGAAUUA